UCGUCGUUCAUUUCAUUUCAUUGUGCACCACCAACCCAACCCAACCCCAACCCAACCCAGAGACGCAGAGUAAUCCGGCCGGCCAUCUUGCUCCAUUACAGUCCAUGGCGUCUCUGCUUCUCAAAGGCGUGCACAAGCGCCUGGGCCUGCCGUCCAUCUCCAUCUCCUGCUCCUCCGCCGAGGCCACCAACAUCAUCGCCUCAACCACCACCACCAACGGCGUCGGCAGCAGCAGCGGCCGGGCCCUCGACCGCCACUCGCCCCGCCUCCGCGACCCACACCGCUCCUCCACCUCCAAGCCGCCAAGGCCAAGCACCAGCGCCAGCGCCAAAGACUCGGCGUCCUCCGGCGACUCCAAGCAGCAGCGCGGCCACGGCAACAACAAGAAGAAGAAGAACAAGAGCACCACCGCUCCUGCUGGGACUAAAUCUUCAGAGAAGAGGCUGGUAAGCCCGGCGACGUCGUCCAGGUUCCUCCUCAACUCCUCCCGGCUGCAGUCCGACGACCUCGACGUCCUCGCACUUGCCCCGCCGCCGCCGCCGUCGUUCAUCGACGUGUUCCCCGGCGGCGAAGGGAAGCCGCCGUCCUUCAUCGACGCGUUCCCCCCCGGCAACGCCUCGCUCCCUCUUUCCUUCGCGAAGGAGGCACCGUCGCCGGUACAGCAAGCAGAGACCUCCUCGUCCUCCUCCUCUGCUUCGUCGUCGUCGGAGAUCACAGCCCUCCAAGAAGAAGAGGAGCAGCAGAAGGCGGCGGUGCUGGCGCGGUCGUCCACGACCACGGAGAGAAGAACGACGCAGGUGGUGGUUUUGAGGGUGUCGCUGCACUGCAAGGGGUGCGCGGGCAAGGUGAAGAAGCACCUCGCCAAGAUGGAGGGCGUGACGUCGUUCGACAUCGACAUCCCGAGCAAGAAGGUGACGGUGGUCGGCGACGUGACGCCGCUGGGCGUGCUCACCAGCGUCUCCAAGGUCAAACCCGCGCAGUUCUGGCCGUCGCCGCCGCAACCGCCCCGCGCCUCCGCGUCCUUCUGAACGCGCCGGCGAUCUCCGCUCUCUCUGAAUCACAGCAUGAUGAUUAGCAGAGCAUAGCUAGACAUCAACGUACGUACGUCAGGCUAGCUGCAGCUCUAUCUUUCAUCCUUUCUUUUUCAUUGAAAGAAAAGAAACGGCACUGAAUUUUCUACAUUUACUGUAGUGAUAUGCUACAGUUACUGUACUGAUAUUUUGUUUACCUUUGCCUGCUUUCUCGUCUGAAUUUCGAUACAAAGCAUAUAACUUGUGUAA